AUGUCCGGAUUCUGGAGCUUUCGGGAAUGCGGCUCCGACUCUGCAGUCACAGCAAAUUCGGCGAGUAGACUACAGCAGCUUGAUCUUGCCGUUACCCAGGUACUUCCUGUCGGCGUGGAGUUCAAAAGGGCGACGCUGUCAACUGCACAGGAGGGGGGACAGACACGUUUUGGAAAGAAAGUGGCCCCGCAUGUUGAAGCAGUUGAGUGGAUCGGAGGGACGGAUUGCGGUCCCGCGAAAAGGGUGGCCCGGCAAGCUGAUCUUUCCUCGAGCCAGGGUAUGUCAGUAGAGGCUAACGAUGUCGCUGCAGAAGAAGGCUGGGUCAAUGCGGACCUGGUGGACCGUGAAGAGGUUGUGGACGCUGCCCAACGCAGUUGGUGGGAGGCUCUAGAUGCAGAUGUACGCCCGGGUCUAUCGCUUCCCUCGGCAUCCAUAGCGCCUGCCAAGGUUGACACGCCGGACGCGGAAACGCUGGAACUCGUGCGGGAGUUUCUCUAUCAUGGCUCCGACAAUGUCCCUGAAAGAGAAACUGCCCGAUCGCGCGACAACGCCUUCCUGAGGUGUGAAGUGCGCCUGAGCGAACGGAAAGAGCAGCGGACCUGCCUCAACCGCUCACCAGAGUCAGGGGUGCAGAUGAAGUCGCGUAAAAAUCCCAAGCACACCGACUCACGCAGCUUCCGCUCAACGGUGCCGCGCGGACCCUCACUCCAUACUGAGCGACUUGUGCGUCUUCGUGGGCGAAGCACCUCUAUUGCAGCCUUGCAACGUUCGGAGGGAGAAAUGAGCAAGAGUAAGACCGGCAGCUGCUAUAACCAAGAUCACGGCGGAGUCGCAAAGGACACCGCCGUGGUAUCUCAUGCGUCUUCGACCCCCGAGGGCCAGUGCAGCUGUGAACGCGAAACGAACUUCGGGUCAGGUGCGGUUGCUCCUCUUGAGGCGCAGCGUGAGGUGUUCUCCCCGUCCGCGGUCCUACAGGAUGCCUUGCGCACGCAUACAAGGAAAGUUACCCUUUCCUCGACCGCAGCUACGUGUAUGGAGGCCAUUCGACGUAGAGAGGAGCUUCUGCUCCUUCGACGCUACUUCGCAUUGUGGCUGGCUGCCGCGGAGCAGAGACACAUUAAGCAAUGCGCCGCUUCGUAUCACUGCUACCUGAUGCGGUGCAUCAACGACACCAUAGAACACACGAUAUAG